GCAAUCUACUUUUUUUUUCUACAAAUAAUUUUUUUUUCUUUCUUUCUUUUGUUUUCUAUCACCAUGAGCAACUUGAUCGAUCUUAAUUCCGAAGCACAGUUUGGAGAACUCUUAACCAAGAAAAAAACCAUUCGUGUCUUGAACUUCUGGGCUUCUUGGGCUGAACCUUGUCAACAAAUGAAUGAAGUCUUUGUUGAACUCUCUCGUAGAUAUCCCGCAGUUCAGUUCAUCAAGAUUGAAGCAGAAGAAUACCCAGAUAUUUCUGAAAACUAUGCUAUUGCUGCUGUACCUACCUUUGUCUUUUUAGAGGGUGAUAAAGUGAUUGGACGUGUAGAAGGUGCAAAUGCAGCUGAAUUAACAAACACGGUUGCCAAGCAUGCAAGAAGCGCUGUCUAUGAAAGUCUUGAUGUUGGAAAUAAAGCCACGGAUGUCAAGCCUGUCAAGGAUCUUCAUGCUCGUCUUAAGGCGCUUGUCAACAGUGCUCCUGUCAUGAUCUUUAUCAAGGGUACUCCUCAACAACCUCGCUGUGGUUUCUCUCGUCAAUUGGUUGAAUUAUUGGCUGAACAAAAAGUCAAAUAUAGUUCAUUCAACAUCCUUGCUGAUGAAAAUGUUCGUCAAGGAUUAAAGACUUAUUCUGAUUGGCCAACUUAUCCUCAAAUCUAUAUCCAUGGUGAAUUGAUGGGUGGUUUAGAUAUCAUUAAGGAAAUGAUUGCCUCGGGUGAAUUCCAAGAUGUGUUACCUAAAGAAAAAGAUUUGUCUACUCAACUUCAAGAAUUGAUUGAAAAGCAACCUGUGAUGGUGUUUAUUAAGGGUACACCUGAAGAACCCCGUUGUGGUUUCUCUAGACAAUUAGUUGCUUUAUUGAAUGAAAGACAUGUCAAGUAUGGUUAUUUUGAUAUCUUGUCUGAUGAAGAUGUCAGACAAGGGUUAAAGAAGCACGUUGAUUGGCCCACUUUCCCUAUGUUAUUCUAUAAGGGAGAAUUGUUAGGUGGAUUAGAUAUUGUGAAAGAAAUGAUUGAAAGUGGAGAAUUUGAUCAAGUCUUGACAGCUUAAAUAAAGU